CAGCCAAACAAGCUGACAUGGCACUUAUGAAUCCCCAAGUAAAGCCUCGGGCAGAGAAGCUGCACGAUGUUGCCAGUAAAAUCUAGAGGCCAGUUAAAAAUAACUUAUUUCUCUCUGAGGGAACACAGCAGCCGCUACCCAGUGGUAUGGCAACAUCAGAGGACACUGUGAGUUCCUGGAGCUGUAAGCAGGUGGCCCGCUGGCUGCAGGAAGAAGGUUUCGGGGAGUAUGUGGAGUUAUUGUGCGACCAGCACCGCCUGGACGGCCCCAGCCUGCUGGCUCUGACUGAGGCCGACCUGCGCGGGCCUCCGCUGGGCCUCUCUGUGCUUGGGGACAUCAAGAGGCUGAUCAUAGCCCUCUGUCGGCUCCAGAGACAGAACCAGACCCAGCUAGAGGAGCUGGGUCUCCGGCCCCCAGACAGUCUCCCUGCUGGGCUCUCGCUGGGGGCCACAGGGGGCGAGUGGAGCUGUGAUGGAGCCGACAGGAGGUAUAACGGAGGUGAUCACUUGUGCAACGGGACUGAGCUGAGGUUGAGGAACGGUGACAGAUCCGGAUACAAUUCUGUGCGUCAUACACACUCCAACGGGAGGUAUAGGCAGCACCUGGCCGGCAGAUUGGACCCAGAGGUGUGGAAGACAAUCAUCAGUUCCAUAUAUGUCUUCUUUGUAUUUGGAUUCACUUCUUUUGUCAUGGUCAUCGUACAUGAGCGUGUCCCGGACAUGAGGACGUACCCACCACUGCCCGAUAUAUUUCUGGACAGUGUUCCCAGAAUCCCUUGGGCUUUUGCAAUGGCUGAAGCCUGUGGCCUCAUCCUGUGUUACAUGUGUCUGCUUGUCCUGCUCCUCCACAAACACAGAUCCAUUAUCUGCAGACGGUUGUGCUCUUUGUUGGGAACUGUGUUUUUGCUUCGUUGUUGCACCAUGUUUGUCACCUCGCUCUCUGUUCCUGGGCAGCACCUGAAGUGUGCCAGCAAGACGUACGGUGACUCCUGGGGAAAGAUCCAGAGGGCGCUGCUGAUCUGGAGUGGAUUUGGGAUGACGCUGACAGGAGUCCAAACGUGUGGGGACUACAUGUUCAGUGGACACACUGUUGUCAUCACAUUGCUCAACUUUUUUGUCACUGAAUACACUCCACGAACCUGGCAUCUGAUUCACACCAUCUCCUGGGUGUUAAACCUGUUUGGGAUUUUCUUCAUCCUGGCGGCUCACGAGCACUACUCCAUCGACGUGUUCAUCGCUUUCUACAUCACCACGCGCCUCUUCCUCUACUACCACACAUUAGCCAACACCCGUGCCUACCAGCAGAGCCGGAGGGCGCGUAUUUGGUUCCCCAUGUUCUCCUUCUUUGAGUGCAAUGUGAACGGACCUGUCCCCAACCAGUAUCACUGGCCCUUCAACAAACCUACUUUCAUGAAAACUCUGAUUGGAUAGAGUAAGCUGCAAUGUGCACGGACUGUUAAUACUAACGACUGAAGGAGAAACUUUAUACUUGAGGUGCUGCUUCUUAUCUUUGGUUGGUUAUAAGUUUAUUAUAAAUUAAUUUGUAUAAAUGGAUGAUUUUUAUUUUGUCAACUAAUUCCGGAAGUUAGAUGAGAAGGUCGGAAUCACUCUCAUCUUGUUUCACUCUUUUUAUCUAUGAGUUAGAUGAGAAAGUGAAGCGGAGUUUUCCCAAAAUGUUGAACAAUUCCUUUAAAUUGAAUUGCACAGUACUAAAAUUAGACACAAGAAAUUAAGUUUCUUAUUGGGCCCAGGUGCAGAAAAUUGUCUUUGAGAUUAAUCACUUCCGUUGUUUAUGUUCCACUUUGGGGAUGAUUUAAGUUUCACUGGUUUGGGUUGUUAGUCUGCCUCAACAUCUGCAGUAGAAAACUGAUCAGGCUUCACACAGCUGUAAUAGAGUUGGAUACUUAGUAACUACUACCAAAAGAGGCAGUUGUUUCUUUUGAUGUGCAACAGGAAAAACACUUCCUGUUCUCCGCUGAAAGAACUCUGUUUUUAUUCACUGUUUCUUUCUUUCAUAUACACUUUAUAAAGUUACAGCUUUGUUGUAUUUGAUAAUGUCACCAUUGGGAUAGGGUAGCUUUCCACAUUUACAGUUAAACUCAACCAAAUAUUAAAACCUUUCAUUUCAAUGGGCAAUUUUGUGAAUCAGCCCUUGUUUUUAUCCUAAUUUGAUGCUGUCUUAUGUUUUUUUUAUGGAUUGUUAAUUAUGAAAUGAGAAAAGAAAUGUAUAGAGAUGGGUUUUGUUGAAGCUUUAUUUUCCAGAGAUUUCCUCUGUUGCACAGUACGAAGACUGGCUUUUUGGAUAACAAAAGUUUCAAAAGUAUAUUGUUUACAUUUACAUGGUUGAUCAAAACUAAAUCUUUUUAAUAAUUGUUUACAAUUUGUGGCUUUAUUUGCAAUGCAAGUAAUCUAUCUCUGCCUUUUGGCUCAGCAAUAAAGGUUUACAGAUAAGUUUACAGACAGUUUUUAUAUUUUAGACUGUUUCCUUGGUUGCUUUUUCAAUUAUGUAAUCUUUUUGCAUUUGUUGAAUAAAAUAAAUUAUGA